UUCUUUAUUAUAUUGAUUUAUAGAAUCUUGUAUUUUUGAUUUUAAAAUAACAAAAGAAAAACUUCAUCGGAAGUAUAUGUACGUAUCGAGUUAUAAACAUUACGGACAAACUUGGAAAAAAACAAUUGUGUUUUGAGUUUCAUGGCUUCUUCCUUUCUCGCUGCCAUCGACAAUAGUAAACCCCCUGUUACACACUCUCAACGUGCCAGAGGAGGGGGAGGGGAGCUUUUCUCAAUCAAUUCUUCCAGUAAUCCUGAUGUUGAUUAUCAUGGUGAAAGCAUGGAAGGGAACUUAAAUCUCAACAAGGGAAUCAAUGAACAGUCACCAUUACAUGGUCCCAUUGAGGAAAUUGCUAGGAUUGAAACUAAGAAGGCCGAGGACUUGCUCCGGAACUUUGGAAUUCCGGAUAUAUUGUCCAAAACAUAUUCUUCACGCAGCAUAUAUUGUAGCCAUCCAUUGAACUUGCAGUCAAUUACUUGCAUUGGAUAUGACAUGGAUUCUACAUUAAUCCAUUACAAUGUGAUGGCCUGGGGAAGAUGCUGUUAUUAUUAUUGUAUGGAAAAUCUUAAAGACAUGGGAUAUCCUGUUGAUGGACUUGCUUUUGAUCCAGACUUGGUUAUUAGAGGUCUUGCCAUUGACAAAGAGCGAGGGAACUUAGUAAAAGCAGACCAAUUUGGAUGUGUGAAUAGAGCUAUGCAUGGCACACAUAUGCUCCCAACUCAAGCUGUGAGUAUGAUGUAUGGAAAGGAGAUAGUCGAGUUGCGUAAGGAGAGUCAAUGGAAAUUUCUUAAUACUCUAUUCUCCAUUCCAGAGGCAGUGGCUUAUAUGCAGAUGGUGGACAGAUUGGAUGAAGGAGUUAUGUCACCAGAUCUCGGACCACUUAAUUAUAAAUCACUUUACAAGGCUGUUGGUAAGGCUAUUCUCAAGGUCCAUGGGGAUGGACGACUUAAGAGUGAGAUAAUGUCGAAGCCUGAACUUUUUGUUGAGCCUGAUCCAGAGCUGCCUCUAGCACUUUUAGAUCAGAAGGAGGCUGGGAAGACGCUCCUGCUUAUCACCAACUCGGAUUAUCUUUACACAGACGAGAUGAUGCAGCACGCAUUUGAUAGAUUUCUUCCUACUGAUAUGGAAUGGCGAGAUCUGUUUGACAUGGUAAUAGUAUCAGCAAGAAAGCCAGAGUUCUUCCAAAUAUCACACCCUAUGUAUGAAGUGAUGACAGAAGAGGGUCUAAUGAGACAGUGGCGUAAGCUUUGGCGAGGGGGAUUGUACUCAGGGGGAAGUGCUCAAUUAAUUGAAAAAGAAUUUAAUAUUCGCGGGGACAAAAUAUUGUAUGUCGGUGACCAUAUGUAUAAAGAUGUAUGCCCAUCCAAAGUUCACUCGCGCUGGCGAACAGCACUGAUAUGCCGAGAAUUCGAAGAAGAGUACAACUCUUUAAUUCAUGGUCGAGAACAGCGGACUAUGCUGAGAGGGCUUAUAAAUCAGAAGGAGGUUGUAGAGGAACUAUUUAAUCAGGUUCGCCUAGCUCUUCAACGGAGAAGCACAGGAUGUCCUGCCCAGAGCCCUGCUGCCGCUCAUAUGGAGGACCACAAACUCAACGAAAGCAUACAGAGGCUACUAGUGGUGAUGCAGAGACUGGAUGCAAAAAUUGCUCCACUGCUGGAAAGAGAUGGAGAGCACUUUAACAGAAGGUGGGGUUAUCUCUUGCGCGCUAGACUAUAUGACAAAAGCCUUCUGGCGCGACAGAUAGAAAAGUAUGCCGACUUAUAUACAUCAAGGGUUUCAAAUUUCCUCCAUUAUACACCUUAUAUGAAUUUCCUUCUGCAGGAGAAGUCACUUGCUCAUGAUUCCUACUCAUUUUACCACCCUGUGCCAGAGAACAACCAAUCACAGCUUCGUUACUCUAAUUAUCGGCAAGGAUAACAAGAGCCAUUGUGCAUGUCGAGAUUGUUGAGAAAAGACUCUGCAGUCCACAGUCUCUGCAUAAUCUAUGAACAUGUAUCGUAUCUUUUAUUAGACAUUGGUUUCGUUUAUACAUGUUACCGGACCAGAAUGAGAUAGGUGCAUGAGACAUUGGUUUCGCUUU